UCCCGAUUGCAUCGAAAUUCUAGGCGUGACGAAUGGCGGCUCCACCGAUGAAAGCAAUCAAGGAGUAAUUGCUUUGAAACAAACCUUGGAGUCACAUGUUGACCAAAUAGUCACUGCGGUUCUCAAACCACGCCGUAUUGACAACUUUACAGUGGGUGAACGAGUGUUUAACGUCAAUGUUUUGAACAUGUUUAAUCCUUCGAACAUCUUGACCUUGAAUGUAAAGGCCACUCUUACAUUGUUUGAGCUAAAAUUCGAUCGCCUCAUUAAAGGAGAACUCGUUUUGCCCGUUCUUUAUCAUCCUUAUCCUCCGUCGGAUCUUCCAUGUGAUGCCUGGUUCACGAUUGUCAACGUCAGUGACCAAGACGUACGAUUUGAGAUCGGCGUGGAACUUGCUCCAGACGUACAGAAUUUUGUUAAGGUCGAAGUUCUUUCCAGGUUUUCAAAUUCACCUUUAGUAGGUGGAGUCUCUAUAAGCGGCCACGGAUUUAUAGAGGUUAGAGUGCGAGCUUAUCCCAUCGUAAAUAUUCGCAUUCCUCGUGAAUCAUCUUAUUUGACCAACAAUGAUGGGGUGACUUUUGGUAAACUUCUGGUUGCUACAAAACAAAUUAAUGAAGAUGAUAGUGUUCAAAGGGAUGCAAAAAACAUACCCAUACGCGGUUUCAUCGUGGAGUCACCGACCUUUUCCAUAUCACCAAAGAAUAUUUUAUUCAAAACGGCCUGGUCUGCUCCAGAAAUCGACGGUGAAAAGUGUGAUAUUGAUGAUAAAGAAUCACCAAAUCACGCUGGUGGUAAACUCGCAUCAAAACCUGAAGCAAAUUUGCAGGCGACCAAGGAUUUAAAAGAUUGGCCCGCUCAAAGAGAUACGAUCGUGAUAGUCAACCAUUCUGACCAACUUCCUCUAUUAUUUAAAGUUCAAAUCGAAGGACCGAUGGAACUUUCAGCAAAGGAUAUCAUCAAUAUCUCACCCUUGGAUGAAAAUGGAUGCGGAACUGUAGAUGCUAAUCAAAAAUGUCAAUUAGAAAUUAGUCUCGUUGAUUUAACUGCAGUGGUGUCCGAAGACAUUAAAAUUCACAUAUUCGAUUUACAAUCGUUAUUAAAUCAAAAGAAAACCGUCUUUGUCAGCAUAGAAUCCGAUACAAGAGAACAUCAC